CUCAUUGGCCUGUUCUGUCUGUCUUCUGCUGAUGAGGAUGUCUGAUAACGCAGAAUCUCCCACAGAUGAUCAGAAAGAUGAUCCCUCGAUACAACACACUGCCACUGAACACACUGAAUCGUCGGAUGUAGGGGAAAAAAGUAGUUUCUAUCUUCUGCUGAUCUCAAAAGAAGAUGUUUUGAAGAAUGUGGGUUAGGGGACGUGGGGACGGUAGCCAGUGACUUCCUUAGUAUGGAAGAAAAAAACUUGUGCAGGUUUGGAAUGAGGUUGAUGUGCUGUUGAAGGCAGUCAGUGAUGCGCCCAUCAUGAAGACCAAAAAAUGUCCGUGGAAAGAGGGAGGACAGUACAGUCACUCGCUCAGUUUAUCUCACUCUUUCUCAAACUGGAUCCAAGUGAACAACUGGUAUGUUAUUAUAAAAUUAAAGUGUGAUGUAAGAGUGGUGUGUUUUGUGUUCUAUCAGCAUUCAGCGUAACACACAUAUCUAUGUAAAAUGCAACAACAUACUUAUUCUGAUCUGUGCUUAUUAAAAUAUAUUAACCAAAAGGUGAUCAUUCUACAUUUAUUCUGUUAUAAAUGGUUCUUGCUGACAAAUGGAUAAAACUAUGUGGCUUAGAAAGGAUGGUGGGAAAGAUAGGUAAAGAUUUAAAAAUACAAUGAAAUAGAUUUUGAGAGUCUUUUAAUGUCAACCAAUGAUUCUUGUUCCAAAUAUACCUUACAAGAUUUUUUGGCGUGAACUAUUGUUAUACUGAAUGAUAUUUUAAUGAAAUAAAUCAUGGUAAAAAAAAAUCUAUGAUUACUUAAUAAAAAUAAAAUGAAACCAGUAACAGGACACAUUCUAAUUUAUGAAAAAAAAAAAACAUUUUCGUCAUUCACCCAUAUAUUUAAUAUAACAGCUGCAUAAAAUAUAUUUUUUUCAAUAAUUAUAAUAUAAAUAUAAUACAUUUAUAUACAUACAUUUAAUGUAUGUAAUGUUUAAAAAAAUAUAUAUGUGUAUUUGUGAACCCAGUCAAAAUAAUAUCACUCAUGAAAUCAAACAGAAAAGAAUUCUGAGAGAUAAACUUUCGUUGUUGUUUGUUCUUAUUACUCCUCUUUAUGGAAUUCUUUGUCUUCAUCUUUCUGCUCUUCCAUCAGUUCAUUUAUGUCAGUCAGUCAUUUUCUCCAUCACCACAUCAAGAAGUGGGUGUGUUUUUCGAGGUUUGUUUAUUUUAUUUGGUCUCUGCCUUCUGGCUUUGUAUGAAAAUUGCAGGUCGACUGAAAUCAUUUCAGACUGAUAUUUCCAUUUUUUGAUAUUGUUUAAAGAUCUACUAGCUCAUCUUCUGACUAUUUAAGAAACUCAAAGCUCUGAUAAGUUCUAACAAUCCUCUUUACAAGGGGCUAUUUCUUUACUAACUUUACUAGUAUGAUUUAUUAUGGGUAGGGUGUAAUAUGUAAUGCCAUAAUAAUACCAUUUCAGUUUCCUUCAUUUCUCUGAAGAAACAGUAUGUUUUGCCGAUUAGCUCAGUAAACCUUGUUGUUCUGCUCUGUUGUACAGUGUUUUGGAAGUGAUGGUAAACUAUGUAGUUCUCCGUUACUGCAAGUCCCAGGCCUGGGGAUGAUCGUGCUACUUUUUUUUCUGUCCCCCUUUCUCCCGUUUCAUUUAUACACCUACAAUAUCAAAAACAUCACUCCCACAUCAUGAUUGUUUUUACAAUGUAAUGAUUGUCCGUAUGUUAUUUUUUGUAAAUAAUAAAAUGUAAAUAAUAUUGUAUCUCAUGGGACUUUUUUAAAGUGAAGAUUGAAAGAAUCGGUGGAAAUCAUAAGAACCCCAAAUACCUUUAGCAACAUACUUUGAUGAAUGUUUUUUUAUAUUUAAGCUCAUGUUGAAGUGAUUUACAGGAACAAGGAUAAUAUGUGAUUCUCAGAAGUACAGAAGUAAUUACUUUUCACAGGAGUGGUGGUUAAUGUCCCAGGACAGAACAGGUCACAUGUUAGGGGUGGUAGAGGCAUACAGGGGUGUGAAGAAUAGGUGGGACAGAGAGAGCAAUGCCAAAGAAGACAGGAUAGAAAGAUGGAGAUGGCGCUAACAGAUGGACUGAAGAGGGAUUAUGGAUGCUCUUGGUAGAGUGUGACACCAAUUUACAAGGAAAGGCAGGAAAAGGAGGAGAUUUGGGCAGGACUGUACCAAAAAAGGGAAAAAACAAAUAAUCGCAAAAGGAUAAGGAGAGAAACUGCAUGCUGAAUCAAAGAGACGAGGACCUUCUGUGUUUAACAACUGCACAGAAGGUGGAAAAAGAUCAAAAUGAAUGGAUCGAAUAGGGAGAAAUGAUUACGAUGGACAUGAUGUAAGAAGAUAAAUGUGCACAGGUUUUUCCCUGAUCUGACCCUCUCCUUUAAUCAAUCCACAUCUUCAUUUAUCCCACCAUCUGUCACAGGGAUCUCUUACUCAUUUCUGCUUUAUAUAAUUUUCUCAAUUUCAUUCUCAUUCCCAAAGAUUUCUUGUGUUUGGUUACUGAUCCCUGUUUGCCCUUUAUAAAACCAGCUCUGCCUUCCCUUUGGUAGCAUGUUGGACCACAUGUCCAGGCGUUCUCGCUCCCUGAUCUCUCUUUUCCUGACCUCCCUUGCCCUCGCUCUAUCUGUGCUGGCUUUCUGUACGUCUUACUGGUGUGAAGGAACGCACAAGGUGGUCAAACCUCUCUGCCUUUCACCUGUCAAGAUGAAGAACUGCGGACAGAACAACAGUGAACCUUACACUACAGAAAGCCCCACCUCGGAUCCUCAGAACAUGUUACCAACAUUAUUACCAAAGCGAAGAGAGGAACUGGCCAGGAUUCGACAAAGACAAUUGGCCAAUGCAGUGCACUACAUUUGGGAGACAGGAGAAGACAAGUAUACUUUCAGAUAUUUCCACACAGGAUUUUGGGAGUCCUGUGAAAAGCAUGCUGAUGGAGAACGAUGUCGUCGGUUCUUGGAUCUCACUCCUGGAGAGACUCAUGGGGUUCUGUGGUUGUCAAUGAUUGCUGAGUUCAUGUACAUCAGUUUGUUGGGCAUGGGCUUUCUACUCAUGUGGGUGGAAGUGUUGUGCGCUCAUAAAGAAAUGCAUGCGCUCAAAAUCAACGCUUUCGCAGCCAUAUGCACAGUGCUCUCAGGACUGUUAGGGAUGGUGGCUCAUAUGAUGUACACUACUGUAUUUCAGCUAACUGUGAUUGUAGGGCCCAAAGACUGGAGACCUCAGACAUGGGACUACGGCUGGUCAUUUGCGCUUGCAUGGGUGUCUUUCAGCUGCUGCAUGUGUGCUGCAGUUAUGACCCUUAAUUCUUACACCAAAACAGUCAUUGAGCAGCGUCACCGCCAGAGGCUUCGAUUAGAGGAGGCCCGUGCUACAAGCCACGCUCCGUCCUAUGAGGAGGUGGUCCCAGGUGGAGGGCUGUACUCUGUCAGCCGCCUAUUACAGUGCCCAAAUGGGAUGAUAGACUCUAUGUGGGCAUCCGAUGGGAGCAUGGGACUGGUGCAAGAGAGCGAUGUGCCCACCCUGGUACUGUUUGGAGGAUGCGGACAAGAUUCAUGUGAGGACUGCGAGAGAGAGAUGGAUGAGAUGAAGGAGGCCAUGAAUGGAAUAGAUUCUCCUUGUUAAUCGAGGAUGAUGUGAGUUGAAGGGCUAGUUCACCCAUAAAAUAAAAUUUUGUCAUUAUAUUAGUCCUCAUCAUGCCUUUCCAAGCCUAUAUUACUUUCUUUCGUCUGUGAAAACUUGAAGAAUGUUAGUAAUCAAACAGAUUUGGUUACCACUGAUGCCCAGUGGAUGGAGAAAAAAAACAUCUUAUUAUCGUAAAACAUCUUAUUUUAUGUCACAAGUCACACAGGUUUGGUUUGACCUGUAAAUGAUGACAGAAUUUUCAUUUUGGGUGAAAUAUCCAUAUUUACUGUAGCUUUUAUAACAAUGGCCUUGCUUGUUUUGUUUGCCUGAAUAACUGACUGAUGAGCAAAAACUGUCUAUGCAAAAUGUCUAGAUGAUUUUUUUCAGAUAUGUCUGUGGCUGAAAUUCAGUCAGUUUGAGAUACUGUAUGUAGACACACAGUAGGUGUGAGAAAAGAGUCCCCCUCUGUGUGUGAGUGGAUUUCCAAGUGUGAGGAUUUAGGAAAAUGUCAUUUAUAUAUUGAAAGGUAUAAGACUUUUGAGUGGAUUAUACUGAUCACAAAGCCUGUAUUAUUUUCAUGUUAUAAUCUAACCAAAAAGUUACAUCUCAUGUUCUCUGUAUUUUUUUUUCUUGCUUUAUUUGAUUUAGAAUUUAUACCCAAACCAUAACAAAUCAUAAAAAAUAUAUUAAAAUAAUGUAAAUUCUAAAGAAUUGCUUGAAAUAAAUAUCUAAUAAAUGUGGAAUUGUUGCAA